AUGGACCGGUACCGGGUGGUCUUCGGGGGAAACCCCCCGCAGCUCUUGGAGCUCGAAAGGGGCAGCCUGCUGGCGGAGGCCCACCUACAGGUGGCCUCGCUCCUGGGCCUCGAUCCGCAGCAAGUGGUUCUGCUGCUGCGCAACGCGCCCACGGCAGCGCUGCCGGUGCUGCGGCUCCCGUCCCUGGAUUCGGUCGAGGCCUCCGAACCGUUUUGGCGGCUGGCGCCGCCCAACAGCGUGCUUUUGGUGGAGCUUGACCCUGGCAUUGUCUCCGAAAUCGCGCCAAGUGCCCGCAGUGCGCCCAGUGCCUCGACUGCGAGCCUGCCUCACGAGCCAGCGCGCGAGGCUGAGCGGGUGGAGGACAAGGAGCGAGGACUGCAGGGGUUGCGGAAUCUGGGCAACACCUGCUAUUUGAAUAGCGGCGUGCAGUGCCUCUCACACACCACUCUGCUGCGGCAGAAGCUGCUGGAGACGGACGAAUCGGAUGGGGCCACUUGCAGGGCCUUCAAAGGCGUGGUGCAGGGCUUGUGGGCUGCGGAGUCUCCAGCACCUGGCAUGCUGAAGGCAAGCGUGGCAGCUGCAAGCGCCAGUAACAAGAUCUUUGCAUCCAGCGAGCAGCAGGACGCCCAAGAGUUCCUGCAGGCCUUGCUUGAGGCGGUCCACCAAGAUCUGGAGACCGAGGGUGCUUCCGUGGUGUCCGAGCUCCUGGAGGGGCAACUGCAAUCGGAACUGCAGUGCACCUGCGGCAGCCACCAGAGCCUGGAGGCCUUUUGGUCGCUGCCGCUGCCCCUUCCGCCUGCUGGACAGGUGGAUUUGCUCACCGCAGUGGAGUCCUUCUGCGCAGAGGAGCCUGUGGAGGGUCCUUGGAGAUGCGAAACCUGCGGUGCCACGGCAGCCACCCGGCGCUUCCGCUUGCAUUGCCCGCCAAAGGUCCUGCAGCUUCACUUGAAGCGCUUCCAGUGGAGCACGCCACAGGCGGCGAAGAAUCAAACCGGCGCCUCGGAGGUCUCAGCGCCGGUGCCAAAGCCGAGCGAGGCAGGGCCCGCCGAGCGCCUGGAGCCACCGGUGAAGGUGGCCAAGCCUGCUGAAAGCGAUACAACUGGAGCAGUGGCAAAGGUGCCGGAAGUGGCAGAGGCGCCGAAAGUGGCAGAGUUGGAGGUGGCAAAGGUGGCAGAGGCCCAUGACUCCACUUUGACGCCCCUGCAGCGAGCUGGGCAGCUCCCUUGGGAGAAGCAGGAGACGCUCUACGCCAUGCUGCUUCGGGUCCUGGAGCGGCUCCGGGACCACCCGGCAGAGCCCAAGUUCCGUUCCAUCAGCGCCACCUCCGAGCGGCUCCAAAAGGAUGUGCUGGGCGUGGAGGGAGGCGAGGCCUUGCUUCUUUGGUGCGGAUUCCUGCGCGCUGGGCCCAAGUACGAAGCUGAGGAGGAUGUGGGCUUCGCUGGCAGGCACGAGGAGCUCCUGGACCAUGCCACCCGCGAGCGAGACCGGGCACUGCGCCGCGCCCGGGACGAACGCAUCGCCGCGCGGCGCCUGCAGGAGCUUCCAACGGGCGACACGGGGCCGCCGCUGCGGCGCUGGGGGGGCCGCUUGCCCAGCUGGGGCGCCAGAGGUGCUUGGAGCAGCGGCAUGGCGUGCUCCAAGAUCACCUGCCGGGUGGUGCUGGAGACGGACCUCUCACCCCGGGGCUUGAAACCUUUGAACCUGGCGAAGCUCUGUACCCAGGCCGUCGACUGCCUCUACGAGUUGUAUGCCGUUGUCCAGCACAUUGGGGCGACGCCGUUCUCGGGUCACUACGUUGCGUAUUGCUGGCACGCGGCCUCCGUCUCUUGGUACUGCUUCGACGACUCCCGGGUCCGACAGGUGCCCGCAAAGCAAGUCGCGGAGCAGGCCCUGAACGAGGGCGCCUACGUGCUCUUCUUGGAGCGAGCAGAGAGCCUCAUCGCGCUGUGA